AUGGGGCUGGUCCACGGUCACCAAGGUCAUUUGGAACAACUGGAACAGGAAUUAGAACGACAACGAGAGGCAGAGCGAAAUCUCAGGGAAGAGAUAGAGCAACGAAAAGAGUUGGAAGAAAAACUCUUGAAGCUCGAAUCUUCCCUUAGAAGUCAGAAUUCUCGUGGCGACCGAGAAGAGUCGCCCCUGGGAGGAGAGGACACGUUCAGUGAGGACAUAAUGAGGACGAAAGUUCCAAGAAACUUCAAAAGCCCUGAUAUGAAUCUCUAUGACGGAACCACAGACCCGAAGCAUCAUUUAAGCAAUUUCAAAAGUCGGAUGUAUCUGGCUGAUGCUUCUGAUGUAACUCGCUGUUGCCGCCCCCUAGACCCAUCAAAAACAAAAAGGGGGAAAGCCGCGGAGUGUGAGUACCAUAAGAUGUAUGGCCACUCAACAAAUGAUUACUACGACCUUAAAAAUGUGAUAGAAAGGUUGGCCAGGGAAGGCCGACUUGAUAGAUAUCUCAUGGAAAGGUCGGACAAUCAUAGGAAAAGAAAGCGAGAUGAUGAGGAUAGAAGAGACCCACCACCACAAACCCCCGAGAGACAUAUACAUAUGAUCUCUGGAGGAUUCGCGGGAGGGAGACUCAUUAAAUCAUCUCGCAAAAAACACCUAAAGCGAGUUUAUCAAGUCAAAAACGAGUCUCCCGAUCUCCCAACCAUCUCGUUCACCAAACAGGACGGGCAGGGGAUCAUGUCCGAGCAUGACGAUCCGGUGGUGAUAACCAUGAUCUUGGCAAAUGCCAACCUCCACAGAACCUUGGACCAAGGGAGUUCGGUGGACAUCCUCUUUAAGCCUGCAUUCGACAAAUUGGGGUUGGAUAAAAUGAAGCUAAAAGCUUACCCAGACACCCUGUAUGGGCUAGGAGACAUGCCAGUUAAGCCAUUGGGAUACAUCCCCCUCCACAUGACCUUCGGAAAGGGGGAAAAUUCCAAAACUCUGAGCAUCGACUUUAUCGUCAUCGAUGUCGGAUUGACGUAUAACUCCUUAAUCGGUAGGACUAUGCUAAAUCGGCUCGGAGCGGUGGUGUCAAUCCCUCACCUUUGCAUGAAAUUUCCAACACCUAAGGGAAUAGCAAUGGUACGGGGAGACCAGAAGUUGGCAAAAAAAUGCUACAAUGAAAGCUUGAACCUCCGAGGAAAGAGCAAGAAAGUUCACACCAUAGAGCUCGGGGGAAUAAAAGCUAAAGAAGAGCUGCGGCCAUAG